AUGGUCCACAGAAAGAUACCCGGCCUAUACUCAUUCGUCAAACUCCUCUGCCGAACUCUCUUCCACAUCUUUUUCAGGGACUAUGACGCCUUUCACUCAAACCUCAUCCCCCAAGACGAACCCAUCCUCGUCAUCUCCAACCACGGAAACUACCUCCUCGAUGGGCUAGCUCUCCUUGCUACUUACCCGGGGCAGAUUUCGUUCUUGAUGGCGCAACCGAAUUUUAAAACUGCCAUCGGUGGAAUCGCGAGGAAGAUUGGCGCCAUUCCUGUUCUAAGGCCACAGGACGCAGAAAGAUUCGGCGGAACAAGCACAGUGACUAUAUCCCAGGACGGAAACUCGAUCGAGGGACACGGCAUCGGAUGGCAAUUGAAUGAAGGUGACACAGUCUACAUCGAAACCGGCCUGUUCGAGGACGCCAACAAGGACAACCGCAUCACCCAAUGCUAUGCCGUCGUCCAGUCCAUCGUCAGUGACAACAAGGUCGCCUUCAAAGCGCCCGGUCUCAAAUGGGUUCCCGCCACCCUCACCUCCGAACGGGAUAUCGCCUACAUCAAAUCGCGCAAGAUUGUCCGCCAUGGAUCCCUCAAGAUCAGAGUCGAGCGCGGCAACACCUGGGUCGGCAUCAACGAGGCCCUCAAGGCUCAGGAACAACAACAGAACGGAGGCGUCAUGGCCAGCAGUGCGACGGGAACCAUCGGCAAGUUUGUCCAAAAGAUCUUUUCAAAGUCGCCAGAUCCUGCUCUUGGCUCGACCGAUCUGGCCCAUAUGAUUGAGAAUGGGACAUAUACAGGAGCCGAUAUUCCAGGAUCUGUCAAGGCACCGCCCAACUUCAAGACUACCGAGGCAACUCCGCUUCUGAAGAAAUCCCUGUCCAUGAACUCGACACGACACAGUCCCGUCUAUGCUGCGACAAGACCCGUCGACAUGAACGCAAGACUGUCCUCAUUCUCGACAACACACAGUUCCAGUGUCAUAGGCGAUGUCGGCGAGGACGACUACCUGCUGAAUCACGGAAACAACGGCUCUGCUUUGUCGCACGAACUGAUAACUACAGGAAACGGUACGCCAAUCCCAACCAACUAUGGCUCAGGACCAUCGUUUUCCAACUCGAGGGAGAACACCACCUCUGGUACUUCCGGUACCUCAGGAUCGUCCAACACUACCAACGACACCUCGACAUCCGUAGUCUCCUCCUCCUCCCAGCCUAUUCGUUUCCCAGCCCUGCCCUGCACAUUCACGUUUUCUCACCCUAUCGAUCAUUCCGUCAUUUACGAGAGCGUCUGGCAGAAUUUUGAAGACCGACGAACCGUCGCCGUCUUUCCCGAGGGUAUCUCCAGCGACGACUAUCACCUGCUCGACUUCAAGUACGGAUGCACCAUCAUGGUCCUGGGCUACCUUGCCCAGAACCCGUCCAAGACUCUUCGGAUAGUACCCUGUGGCCUCAACUUUUUCAACCGCCAUCGAUUCCGAUCCCGAUUCUAUGCAGACUAUGGAUCCCCCAUGACUGUCCCCGACCAUCUUGUUGCCAUGUACCGUGAAGGCGGAGAGGCAAAAAAGCAAGCAUGCACGGAACUGCUUCAGAUGAUUCAUACGGCAGUUGAAGGAUUGACACUCAACGCCCCCAACUAUGACGAGCUGCGCCUGUACAAGGCGACACGACGACUCUAUGGCUCAGGAAAGAAGCUGACGGUACCCCAAAAGCUGGAGCUCACUCGCCGGUUCGCCAAGGGAUACGCCCAACUGUCUUUGACUCCCUCAAUGGGUGCGCUGAAGCGCGACAUCAACGCCUACGACAAACACCUGACCAACAGCGGCGUUCGGGAUUGGCAACUGACAGCAGAGCCCCACAUUGCGGUUGCGCUGUUGUUCACCAUGCCCGCAUUGUUCCUCUUACCGGCCCUGUUCUUGCUGUCGCUCCCCGGAACACUGCUCUUUGGACCCGUCGGACUUUUGGCGACAUGGGCUGCGAACCAGAAGGGCCAGCAGGCAAUGUUGGCGUUCCAGUCGUACCUCCCAGUAUCGAGAUGGCCAGGACGAGAUGUGAUUGCUACAUGGAAGAUUGUGGUCUCGUUGGCAUUGAUGCCGGUCUGUUUUAUCGUCUACUCUUCAAUCCUUACCGCAUGGGUCAGUCACUGGGAAUGGCUCAAGGAGUACUGGACGAUGGGCCGGAUUGUUUUGUUCUGGCUGCUUUCGACGUUUGUGGUGUUCCCGACGAUCGCAUAUGGGACGGUGUGGAUCUGGGAAUGGCAGAUUGAUCUGAAGAUGCAGGUCAGUGUGUGGUGGUGGAAGUUGUGUGGAGGAAAUGCAGAGAUGAAGCGGUGGCGGCAGGAUCUUGUGAAUCGGAUCGAUAGGGAGUUGGUUGAGAGGAUGGGCGGCAAGAGCGCCUUUGAUGUCUCUACCUAUGUCUGA